AUGAAGAUCACUGAGGAUUCACUCAAAGCUGAAAUUGAAGCUAUCUACAAUAAUAUUCCCAGCCAGCCACCUCAUACAGCGGAGCAGAUUGUCAUAAUCAAGAAAGGGAUUGAGUUCUACCUGGUAGCCUUCAAGUACUACGACUUUGAUAGGUUACGGCCACUUCUUCAUCCAGGAUACAAACAACACAGUACCUUGGUAGGUGACGGUGUUGAAUCGAUUUUCGAUGCAGCAAAGAUGUUGAAGGGGAUGGCCGAGAAGGACUGGGAAGGGCCAGGUGAACCAUACAUAAAGAUGGAACUCAAGAGAGCACUCGUUGACGGUCCAUACUUGAUUAUGCAGCAGCAUGGCAAACGUUCGACUGCGGAUCCAGGUUCACAGGUUAUGGAUAUAUUUCGCCAUGAGGGAGGCAAGUUUGUGGAGCACUGGGAAUGUUUUAUGGAGCUUCCCGAUGAAUCAACGCUGCAGCAUUCAAACGGAAUUUUCUGA